UUCCCCAUGAGAGGGAACGACCACAAACCGAACCUAAUCGCUGAUUCAGGACCAGUUUCCCUCCGCGAAAAAAGGGCUUUGUCCAGUCGAUGACUGUCCUGGAGACAGUGCUAAGACAGGAGGCGUUGAGGGUUGUCUAGAAGGCUUUUCCUGAAGCAACGGAGAUUUGCCAAGAUGGCAGCCGUGUCGGGGGUACCGAUUCAAAGCAGCAGCCCCGCAAGAGAACUUUCUCUGACGGGUCCAACCGGGGGCACUUCUUCAGUUGGAGAGCGAGUAAAAGCGGAAGAAGGAUCAGAGUCUGAGAAACAGAGUCGUGUGACUGCAUUGCUGGAGAAACUACAUGCCAAACACAAUGCCUCACGUCCAUGGCAGGAGACCUGCAAAGUGGUGCGACAAGCUAUGGAGAAGCGUGGGGGGAUGAACCCUGUUGGUCACCAGUUGCUUCUCACUUGUUUGGAGACCUUGCAGAGGGCCCUUAAAGUGUCGUCUCUCCCCGCCAUGACGGACCGCCUGGAGUCUAUUGCGCGGCAGAACAUGUUGAACUCUCACCUGAGCCCAGGUGGGACGGACUGCUACAUCACCUCUGACCUGUUCUACGUGGAGGUUCAGCUCGAGCCCACCGGACAGCUGAAGGACGUCAAAGUCGCCCAUCAUGGAGAGAACCCAGCGAGCUGUCCGGAGCUGAUUCAGCACCUGAGAGAGAAGAAUUUUGAGGAGUUCUCCAAACAUCUCAGGGGCCUAGUCAACCUGUACAAGCUCCCUGGAGACAACAAACUGAAAACUAAGAUGUACCUGGCUUUGCAGUCUCUGGAGUCAGACCUCACCAAGAUGAUGAACAUGUUCAGGCUAGCCACCAACGCCAACACGGUGGAGACCAUCCUGCACGGCAGCGUGGGCCUGUUGACCCCUCGCUCCGGGGGACAGCUAGUGACCCUGCAGUGCUACGUGUCGCCCUACGACGUGUUCGAGGAGGGCCCGGGCAACCAGCUCAACGUCAUGGAGUCCAACUCCCCUCGUCCGAUAGGGGUGAGUGUAUCUGUGACGGUGGAGGGGACCUCCACUGUGUGCAAGCUUCCCAUUGCGCCGCUUAUCACAGGAUCACACCCAGUGGACAACAGGGGGACGCCGUCAUUCUCCUCUGUGACCAACUCUAACUGUGUGGACCUGCCAGCCUGUUUCUUCCUGAAGAUGAACCGGCCCAUGCCCUUCGCCUUCUCCUUCAUACAGAGAAUGGGCAAUGCAACUGGUAUUCCUGUGUUUGACACACACCCCGUGUUGUCCUCCCUCUAUGAGCUCAUCAUUCAGUCCCAGCUGCAGGAGGAAGGGGAGACCAGCCCACAGCCCACACCCCAUAACAUGCGCUUCUAUGCAUCAUUGCCAGGGCAACAGCAUUGUUACUUCCUGAAUGGAGACGCGCCAGUGCAGGACGGGCUCUCCCUCCAGGGGGCGCUAGUGUCCAGGAUCCCUUUUCGGCAUCCCGCCCAGGUGCCUGCCCUGCUGGACAUCAUUCGGCACCAGGCCGCCUACAACACGCUGAUUGGCAGCUGCGUCAAACGCACCCAGCUCAAGGAAGACACCCCUGGACUACUACAGUUUGAGGUGUGCCCCCUCUCUGAUUCCAGUUUCAGUGUGUCUUUCCAGCAUCCUGUCAACGAGUCGCUGGUUUGUGUUGUGAUGGAUGUGACGGAUUCCAGGCAGGUGACGUGUAAGCUCUAUAAGGGCUCAUCAGAUGCCCUCAUCUGCACCGAUGAGUUCAUCACCAAGGUUGUCCAGAGGUGUAUGUCCAUCCCAGUCACCAUGCGUGCCAUCAGGCGGAAGGCGGAGACCAUUCAGGCCGACACUCCGGCAUUGUCCCUGAUCGCAGAGACCGUGGAGAGCAUGGUGAAGAAGAACCUGCCCCCUACUGGCAGCCCUGGGUAUGGCAUGGGCACAGGAGAUGGCAGCAACCCCAUGGGCCUCGCCGGUGUCGGGGGUGGGAACACACCCACCGGUGGGGGCACCAGCGGAGGAGCUGGGGGUCAGUUUCCAGGGGGCCCCAUCACAUCACUCUUCAACAUGCCCCGCGGUUCAGGAGGGGCAGGAAUGGAUGGCAUGGGGCAGACAGGUGGGGGCAACCAGGGGCAACAGCAGCUCCAGCAGCAGCAGCAGCAGCAGCAACAACAGGGCCACGGCACAGAUGACUUCAGCAAGGUCACGCAAAACCCCAUCCUGACCUCGCUGUUGCAGAUCACCGGCAACGUCGGUUCUAGCCCCUCUACCCAGAAUGCCCCAGGGGGCUCCCAGCCCCCCCAGACCCCUCCGCCGACCUCCUCCCCAGCCAGCAACACCAAGAACCACCCCAUGCUGAUGAACCUACUGAAGGACAACCCCUCGCAGGACUUUGCCUCACUGUAUGGAAGCAGCCCGUUAGAAAGACAGAAUUCCUCAGGGUCACCCAGAACCGAUAACCUUGGCCAGCCCUGCCCCGGCGGACCCGGUACGAAGGGUAAGAAGAAGCGACCCAGGGACAAAGGGGUGGUGGGACCAGGUGGAGUCGGUUUGAAACAGCAACAGCAGCCUUCCCAACAGCAGGCGGGUGGCCCCCUUCCCCAGCACCACCACUCCCACCACCCAACCGAAGACGACUUCCACCGCGAGCUCUUCUCCAUGGACGUCGACGCGUCGCAGAACCCCAUUUUCGACGUCAACCUUCCCGGCGAUGGUCUGGACACCCCCCACAGCAUCACGCCAGCCCCCAGCCAGUGUGGAACUCCUCCGGCUGGCCCAGGGAUGCCCUACCACCCACAGUCCCACCUGCAAACCACCUCACAGCCUCAGCCCCUCAACCGAGCGGUGCGGCUCUCUAGCUCUGACAGCAUAGGGCCUGACAUAAACGACAUCCUGUCGGAUAUUCCGGAGCAGACCACUAAAGGAAGUGGCAGCGGUCACGGGCAGCACCACAUGGGAGGGGAGGAAGGGGGAUCCCUGGGCACCCCUCCCAGGGAUUCGUCAAGCUCAGGGCAGGGGAGCGCAGUUUUUGACUCGGACCUCUUUAACACCAACAGCAACGAGAACCCUUUCCCCGACGCGGCGGACCUCAUCGCCGAGGCUGCAACUGCGGCCACCCCCAACAGCGACACCUCGUCAACUAACUUCUUCCCCGACACAGUAGACUUCAACCCGGAGUUACUGUCUGGCCAAGGAACCUUCUCCCAGAAUUAUUUUGAUGACAGUUCCCACAGCCCCGACCCGGACUUAGACCUGAAGGGGUUUGGGGGCGGCAGCCAGCAGAACACCCCGUCUAGCACCCCGCAGAACCCCACCUCCCACGGCCACAGCACCCCAGACGCCUCCCUCAAGGACCCUUUCGACAUGAGCAUGGUUUUUGGGGGGAACAGUGGCGGGGGCAAGCCCCUUCCGGGCCUGGCUCCGGAUCUGGGGGACCCCCACCCCACCCACUCGGGUGGAAGCCAGAGUCCCCUCAUGAUGGGUAUGGGAGGAGGAGGAGGAGUAGGUGGCAGCGGGGAGUUCAAGAGUGGCGACAUCAAGGUGAAACAACAACAGCAGCAGCAGCAACAGCAGCAGCAACAGCAGCAGCAGAUGAUGAGAGGGAAGGAUGAUAACGGAGGAGGUGGUGGAGGAGGAGGGAGUGGAGGCAUGGUUGCAGGCAUGGGCAUGAGUGGAUCAGGGGGCUCCGAAGGGAAGCAGGUGAAGCGGAGUCGCACCCCGUCCAGCGAGGGCAAGUCCAAAGAAAAGCCACCCAAGCGCAAGAAGCUGGAUCCCGAUGGCAAGUCGCCCUCGCACAGCUCUGGGGGGCGUCCCUACACCCCGCCCAGCGGCAGCAUGGGGUCAGGGGGCUCCAUGGGGGGAGGAGGGUCAAAGUCGCCAGGGAGUUCAGGACGAUCGCAGACCCCGCCCGGAGGUGCCACCCCACCCAUCCCUAAAAUCACCAUCCAGAUCCCCAAGGGGACGAUAACGGGCGGGAAGACGUCCUCACACGGGGGUUACACGUCCAGCAGCUCGUCGGGGGGGAGCUCUGGAGGAACGAGUGGCUCAGGCGGAAGCAAGGGCCACCAUUCACACUCCUCGUCCUCAGGGAAGAUCAAAAGCAGCAAGAUGGAGGGUUCCAUGGGACAGAGCGGCAGCUCCAAACCGGUGGGUGGAGGGAGUGGCAGCGGGAUGCCCUCCCAGUCCAAAAGCUCCUCCCAGGGAAUGGGGGUGGGCAAGCCAGGCUCGUCCCCCAUCACCAAGCACGGAAUGUCUGGAUCAGGAAGCGGCGGCAGCGGAACGGGAAGUGGGACGAAGAUGAAGCCUCAAGGCGGGAAACCCCCUGGGUCCCUUAUGAAUCCCAGCAUCAAGCCGAACAUCUCCCCUUCCCACUCCCGCUCAGGGGGCUCAGAGAAACUCUCUUCCCCCAUGAAGCAUCAACAAGGCCAAGUUCCGGGCACCCCCCCUUCCUCCAAGGCAAAGUCCCCCAUAGGCUCAGGUGGGGGGAGUUCGGGGGGGUCCAAGUCCUCCUCCGGUGGUGGCAUGGGUUCCCAGAAGCAGAUGGGUGGAGGUUCCUCCUCUAGCUCCUCCUCUUCCUCUUCUAGUUCUUCAGCGAGCAACUCCUCCUCUGGGUCGAUUCCUUUUUCCUCAGGUAGCCAACCCCAAUACGGGGGAGGAGGGGGUAGUGGGGGAGGCGGAGGAGGAGGUGGGGGUGGGAGCAACAACCCAAAUGCGAAAGGCAAGUCUCCUAGUCGCAAUAAGAAACCCUCACUUACUGCAGUGAUAGAUAAGCUGAAGAAUGUCGGUGGGGUGGGUAUAGGUGGGGAGGAAGGCCCUGAGGGAGGCUGUGGAGGUGGGGGUGGAGGGGGUGGAGGUGGAGGUGUGCCCCCUGGUGGUGGAGUAGGGGUAGUGCCUCCCAACAUGGGGCCGUCAUCCUCCUCUAAACAUGGCAUGUCCUCACAGGGCGGGGAGUACAAGCGGGACAAGGUCGACAAGGAGGGCAAGUCUAAGGUGUCCGUCUCCGGGGGCAACAGCAGCGACAAGAAGAUGAUGGACUCCAAAAGCGGAGGCGUGAGCAGCACCGGCGUGGCCAAGAUCAUCAUCAGCAAGCCCGACGGGGGUUCCCCCAGCAUCAAGCAGAAGGUGACCCUGCAGAAGCCCGAGGGGUGCGGGGAGGGCUCCAUGCGGCCCCAGCACAUGAAGCAGUCGCCUCUGUUCAGCGGCUCCACCCCGAAGCACGACCGCAGCUCGCCGAGCCACAGCCGCUCGCCGGGCUACACGCCGCUGAACCCCGACAGCGAGAGCGAGUCCGGCAGCAGCUCGGUGGCCGAGAAGUCGCACCAGAACUCGCCGAGCUCGGACGACGACCAGGGCGGCAUGCGGCCCCUGCAGCACCAGCCGCCGCAGGACUACCUGAGCUCAAUGGCGGUGAGCAUGGGCGAGAAGCACAAGAAGCACAAGAAGGAGAAGAAGAAGCAGAAGGAGCGCGAGCGGGAACGGGAGCGCGACCGAGACCGGGACCGGGAACGCGAGCGGGACAAGGAGAAGAAGAAGGCGUCCAUGUCGUGCGUGCCGUCCUCCCACCCCAUGAAGGCGGACAGCUGGUCUCGCUCACCCAUCUCGGCGGCUGACCCCUCCAUGUCCAUGCUGGGGUCGGAACGCACGUCGAGGCCCAGCCCCGUUUACAUGCGCACUGAGGACGACGACCUCAUGGACUCUGCUGUCACAGGCCACCUAGAGCCUUUUAAGUGAAGCUAAAAAAAAAAAUCUUAUUGUAAAGCAGUUUUAAAAUGUGUUGACCGAGUUGGCCUACUGUCAUGCAGAACUGUUCACAAAUCAUUCUUGAAGGGGAGUAGGACUCCCGCUUUCAGAGCAAAUUGCUCUGUUUGCCAUUUUGUUUCUUUACAGAGAAUCAGGUCAGGGUGCAGGGCGUCUUGUGCUUGAUGCCAGGAAGGGAAGGAUAUCUAUGUAUUUUAAUCAAGCAAUUAUGAUGGAAUGUUCUCAAGGAUUCUGGAUUCUUUGUAUGCAUUCCCAAUGCGACCGCCAUUGUUACAUUAAGUUAUUAAAAAAAGAAUGACUUCAUUGUUUGCUACAAUGUUAAUGUAAAAGUAUCAAACCAAAAACAUUUUAAUUGUAUUAAGAAAGAUGCAUGUCACUGUAUUUUUUAAGAAAAAGAACUGUAAAAUUUAUUGUAUUUUUCCCUCUGGACACCUGUUUUUCAGUAAAUGUCUACAACAGCCAGUUGUACAGUGUUACCUGCCUUAAUUUAGUUAAACAUUUUUUAAAGAUUUUCUUACAUUGGAUGUCAUCUUUUCAAUGAAACAUAUUUUAUGAAUAACUGGUAGUUUUUGCAAGUGCAAAUCGGCUAUUUUAGCUGUUUGGAGAAAAUUCCUUUGAUUUUAUUUCACUUAGCUUUUACUUUUUUUUUAAGUAGCUAGUUUUGUGCUAUUGAAAUAAACAUUUCAAUGCAGAACGUCAA